AUGGCAUCACAAUCCACCAACGCAGCUCACCUCCUCCCAUCCAGCUACAAAACCCAAAUAACAGGCUGGCUCGCCGAAGACACCCCCUCCUUCGACUACGCCGGCUUCGUCGUCGGCGAGACCCCCCGCACGGCAACCCUCCUCGCCAAAUCGCCCGGCAUCCUCGCCGGCGCCCCCUUCUUCAGCGAAGUCUUCAGCCAGACCGGCUGCACCAUCGAGUGGCACUACGCGGAGGGCACGCCCCUCGACCCAGCGUCCUCGCCGUCCGGCAAAAUCAAGGUCGCUACCGUGACGGGUCCCGUGCGAAACAUCCUCCUCGGUGAACGAGUUGCUCUUAAUACGCUCGCGCGGUGCUCUGGCAUCGCCACCGAGUCGCAUCGGCUGGUUUCGCUAGUUCGCAAGGCUGGAUAUACGGGUAUUCUGGCGGGUACGCGCAAGACCACACCGGGGUUUAGACUGGUUGAAAAGUAUGGGAUGUUGGUGGGCGGUGCGGACACGCACAGGAUGGAUCUGAGCACCAUGAUUAUGCUCAAGGAUAAUCAUGUCUGGAGUAGGGGGAGCAUUACGGAUGCGGUGAAGGCGGCGAAGGCAGUGGGUGGAUUUAGCGUCAAGGUGGAGGUCGAGGUGCAGAGUGAGAAGGAGGCGGAUGAGGCGAUUGCUGCGGGUGCGGAUGUCGUCAUGUUGGAUAACUUUACGGGGGAUGGGGUCAAGAUUGCGGCGAGGUCGUUGAAGGAGCGCUGGCAGGGCAAGAGUUUCCUGUUGGAGGUUUCGGGUGGGUUGAGGAGUGAUAAUGUCGAAGCCUAUGUUUGCAAUGACGUCGACAUCAUCUCAACUAGUUCCAUCCACCAGGGUGUACCGCACGUCGACUUUUCUCUCAAAAUUGAACAUUAA